UUAACAAAUCUUUCUAAAUGAUCAUUCAGAUACUUUUAUUCUAACUUUAUUCAUCCAAAACAUGGUCAUAAAAACUAGUUACUGAUAGAUAUUGGGUGUGAAUCUGAAAAUCUGUUGGGGCUCUACCGAACCACCCCGGAGGUGGGCGUCUGGGAGCGCGGCGUCUGCAGCAUAAUUAAAACAUGGCCGACUCGGAGGAAUUUAGACUUAAACGGUUAAAGCAUGAGGAGCAGAUGUCCCGAAUGUUCGAUGAAGUGAUGGGGCUGGGAGAUUUUGCCGACUCCUCCAGGGGUUCUGUUGCCUCUUCCAAGAGUGGUGGUCAGACCGAAGCAAAGGGUCCGAGUGAGACUUUGGGACUAAAGGAAAACCAGCCAAGAGACGAAGACAGCAGCUGCAGCAGAAAAGAGGGAAAGAUGGAUGAAGGGACGGGCGAGAUGAACUUUCCUCGCCGUACCUCCAACAAACCCUCCUUGUUCAAUUUGGGAGGAGGUGUUGGAGGAAGUGGGGAGGCAGCAUUCGAUGAUGCGCUGGAUGGGCUUCCUUUGUAUGGACAAGAGGAGGAAGACGAAGACUGGCACUUUGCUCUGCCUUUGGACUCCAUGGAGGAUGGUGAUGCGAGGAAGACAAACUCAAACAUCAGCCAGUUUGGACCACAGAGCUCAUCAUCUCGAGGCGGUCCCUUUCCUCGCAAACCUGCAGAUGAAGAGGAGGAGCAGCAGGAAAGAGAAGGGAGUGGCGAGUCUGCCAACACCUCCCACUCCUCGCAGGACAACACGCCGGACAACAGCAGAGAUGUCCUGAAUCAGACGGAGGAGACUGAAGACAGCCAACAGGCCGAGACAGCAGAGGCCCGUCCAGCAGAGGACUGUAAUCCCCCGGCAUCCCCUGGUGUGAAAAUUAAAGAUGAGCCAAUUGAUGAAGGCUACAAUGCUGCUUUGCUUCCUCAGAGCUCCAUCAGGCAGAUUAAAGAAGAGCUGGAGCAACAGGAGGAGGAACUAAGGAUCAGUUCGGUUUAUUCCGUAGGAGGAGCAAACACCUUCACAUCUCCUGCCAUGCCGGCCGCCAUUCCCAUUCCCACUCCGACUCCCACGGCCAUUUUUAUCCCGGGCAGAGGAGCCGUCCUGCAGGCCAUGGCCCCCCUUCCCAUCAGGCCUCCAGCUGUGAUCCAACCUCCAGUCCCCUCCCUGACGGCCAUUCCUCCACGUCCUCCUCAGCCCCCCGCUCCUGGAAGCGUUCGCUGCAGCGGCUGCACCAAGGUGUUGCUAAAAGGCCAAACAGCAUUUCAACGGAAAGGUUCAACUCAGCUUUUCUGCUCCACAAGCUGUCUGACGGGUCACCUUCCUCCUGCCACCAAGUACCGGUCCUGCUUCCAGUGCAACAGGGAGAUCAUUCAGCCCAGAGACAUGGUCACCAUCCCAGGUGAAGAAAACACCUACCUGCAGUUUUGUGGCCAGUUCUGUUUGUCUGUGUUCAGACACAAAAGAGUGCAAGGUGAUAAGAUUAUUGACAAGCGAACGGGGAAGAAGCCUCAGAAGCCACCGGAAAAACCAGUGGAGCGUCUGCCGGAAAAACCCAUCUGUAGCGUCUGCAAGUCCACCAACAAGCAGAUUGAGCACGAGGUCAACCAUCAGGGAAGACUGCACAAACUCUGCAGCAACGCCUGUUUUCUCGCAUGGCGCAGGCUGCGCCAGCUGGCCAUGAACUGCUGUGAAGGCUGCGGACUUUACUGCAACAGCAGCUCGGGUUCCUGUCAGGUGCUCACCAUCGAAAAAACUCAGCUUAACUUCUGUAGCCCCACCUGCGUCGGAACCUACAAACUGACUUGCAGGAAGAUGACCGAGUGUUCAAACUGUCAUAAGUCAGUGUUGGUGUCCUGCACCAUCAUGGAGAGAGACCACAAGGGCAAAGUUCAGUUGUACUGUACUCCUUCCUGUGUGGAGCAGAGCCGACCACCCCAGCAUGCUCUUAGUGGAACUCCAUUCCCGUGCUGCCUCUGCAAAGUUUCAGCUGUUCCCCAGUACCACCUGGCCAUGGUGGACGGCACCAUACGAAACUUCUGCUCCUACAACUGCGUGUCCAUGUUCAGGAAGUUGGGUCAUGUGCCUCAGCCCGAGCUGACCAAUGGAACCUCCUCUCUCAGGGACCCUCCCAACAAAGACGCACCGAGGCCGGCACCCUCAGCCGGAGCCAGCUCAGUCCCUCCCGUUCCUCAGGAUUACCCAUCCUCAGUCCCGAGUCACCACUCCACUCAUACCUCAGUGCCCUCACUAGUGCCUCCCCCCUCAGUCACCCCCUCCCCCACGGUCCCAGGACAAGUCCAGGCCCAGUCGCCCCCCGAUGAGACCCAGAAACCAACAGCAGGCAGGUUCAGCGACACUGUUAGAGUGACCUGCCAUCAGUGCAGCAAACAGUUCAGCACAAAGCCGCUGCUGUUGAGUCACCAGGGCCGCAUCUCCGUGUUCUGCUGCAAGACGUGUUCUGAUCAGUAUAAAACCCAGAAGAACAUCGUAGCCCCGUGUGAGUCCUGCAAACAGGAGAAAGUGAUUUAUGAGAACUUCAACUACAACCAACAGGACCUGUUCUUCUGCAGCGAAAACUGUAAGCUGCUCUUUAAAGGUGAUCAUCAGUGGCGUCCGUGCACCUACUGCUCAGCCGUUGGAGACAAGAUGGUCCUCAGCCACUAUGGAGGCAAGACCGAGGAGUUCUGCAGACCCCACUGCAUGUCCCAGUUCACUGUGCUUUACUACGGGAUGGGGCGGUGCGACGGCUGCAGGAAACAGGGCUACAUGAUGGAGAAGCUGCAGUGUUUGGGUUCAGUCCGAAACUUCUGCAACAUGUCCUGCCUGCUUCAGUACUGCUACAUUCACUUUGAGAUGAGCCAACACACCAGCAGUAAUGGCACCGUUCCACAAAUGCCAUCUGCUCCGGCACAGCCUCACCUCUCCUCGAAGAUGAAUCCCGUCGUUGGCGAUGUUGUGUCCUUGGCCAACGGUUCUGCUGCUCAGCCCAGCGUGUCGGCGGACACUUCCCUCUCCGGAGCUCUACCAGCUUCCAGCGUUGAUGGAAAGAACCUGGAUCAUGCCAGUACCCAGACCGAUGCCAUGCGUGUUCCUGCGCCCCGUCGCAGACAGAUGAAGAACAAGUCAGUUCUGUGCCGACCCUUCACCCUGGACCAGGAGAGCACGUGCCAGCUGCUGACAGCGGCGUCUGAAUCAGAAGCCACACCUAGAGAGAAGGAGAAGGACAGUGUGAAGAUGGUUAUGGUUCCAGUACCGGUACCGGUACCAGUCUUUGUCCCGGUGCCUGUGAACAUCUACCCCCAGCACACGCCUGUUGCCUUGGUGAUACCGAUGCCUGUUCCGGUGCCGAUUGUUGCGUCACCAAAGGACAAGGACACGAAAGACGCAGAGGUCCAGUUUGAGAUGCUUCCUGAAGAGGAAACAAAACGGGAAAUAGUGGACGUUUCCAGCUCAGACCAGAGAUGUUCUUCUGAAGUCAUCCAGAAGGACGAGGAGGCUCCUGGAGCAGCUGACCCUCCUCAGCCUGAGUUUUCAGAGACGUUGGAUUUGCAGCCUGGGAUCAGUAAAACAGCAGAGCAUCCUCCUGCCUGCUGCACUAAGGAUCAGCCUCCAUCCUCCCCUCUGAUGGACCUGGAAGCAGACAUCCCACCUGAAUCUGUGAAUCGGAAGGUCCCUGUUCAGCAGCGAGGAGUGAAGAGACCCAGAGAUUGUUCCUACAGUCGUAAACGGGGUCGAAGACGGACCGGUCCAGCAGGACGCGGCGCUUUAGUAGCUCCAGCCACGCCCAAACUGAACCACCUGUACGGGGUCAAAGCCUGGAGGAGCUGGGUCCAGCAGCGCAACAAGGACCCACAAGAAUCCGGUAGAGUGGAUGUUAAAGACGACAUCCUUCAGUGCAACUCGGCUGAACUCAGCUUUGCUCUUUCUGACUUCAUCCGAGAAGUUCGAAGGCCAAACGGAGACGCCUACAGUCCCGACAGCAUCUUCUACCUCUGCUUGGGGAUACAGCAGUACCUGUUUGAGCAGGGUCGCAUAGAGAACAUCUUCACAGACGAGCUGUACAGCCCGUUUACCAGCGAGAUCAGUGGGAUUCUGCGGCCCUGGAGACCCAAACUGCUGCCGAGUGGUGGCGUUGUUCCCUCCCGUGUGGUGGAGUCCUACCUGUGGGAGUGUAAGCAGCUGGGAGCAUACUCGCCCAUCGUGCUGCUCAACACGCUGCUCUUCUUCUUCACCAAAACGUUCCACCUAACCACCGUGACCCAACACCAGCGCCUGUCCUUCUCCAGCCUCACUCUGAGGUCCAAACCCUGCAGCCGAGCUGGAAAAGUCACCUCCCUCGUGUACCGGGGAGGCACGGCCACAUCCGUAUCAGAACCGACAGAGCGGUUUAGGAAACGUCCAGCGGAGAACGUUGGAGAACUGGAGUUGUUGGAAAAAGCGUCCAACCCUCUGCAGUGUCCGGUCCGACUCUACGAGUUCUACCUGUCCAGAUGCCCAGAAGCUGUGAAGAAACGGGCCGACGCCUUUUACCUCCAACCAGAGAGGCGCGUCCAGACGGAAAGCCCCCACUGGUACAGCCGCCAACCGCUGGACGCCAACACGCUACAGAGCAUGCUCACACGGAUCCUGGCUGUCAGGGAGGUCCAGCAGGAAGCAGAACGGUGCCGGCGCUCGGCUGCAGCUGAUGGGGAGUGAACGGCAGACGGACUCUUUGGUGUGAGAUUAUCGGGUUUAGUGAGCUCGUCGUCUCUUUACAGAACGCACAGCACGUUUAAUAACCUCUGACUUCAUCAGGCAAGGAGACCAAAUGUUAAAAGGAACCUGGUCUUCUUUCACUCCACGUUCCAUUUGUGAAAGUUUUAUUCCAAGUGUGCACUCAAGGUCACAGGUUAUUUCACUACACUGAAAAUAUUUGGGUUUGAAAACCAGAAAUCAUCGUUUCAGCUGAAAUCUGCAGGUAAUCAGAGACGAAUCUGUCAAAAACAACGGGAAAAGGCGGGUUUUAAUGUGAUAUUCUUUUUUUUAUUCCUUCAGCAGCAGAAUGUAAACGGAUACCUUGUGCUCCACUUCAGCUCACAUGUUCAUUAGAUACUACUAGUAACAGGUUAAUAAUAAUAAUAAAUAAUAAUGCAUUGAACUUAUAUAGCGCUUUUCUACACACCCAAAGACGCUUUCACACACACAUUCACACACUGCUAGUGAUGGUAAGCUACUUGUAGCCACAGCCGCCCUGGGGAGGUCUGACAGAGGUGAGGCUGCCAUUUGGCGCCGUCGGCCCCUCUGACCACCACUAGCAAAGGCAAGUUGGGUGAAGUGUCUUGCCCAAGGACACAACAGCAGGAUACCCCUGGCGGGAGCUGGAAUCGAACCCAUGACCCUCCGAUCAUGAGGCAACCCGCUCUACCACCUGAGCUACUGCUGCCCCAAUGAGGUUGGACCUCAUUUCACCUUCAGAACCACCUUAAUUCUUGUCUUGGAUCCAACAAGGUGUCCCUCAGAGGCUCUGCUCCGUCCUGAUGUGUCACCUCCCAAAGGUUCUGGACUGAGAUCUGGUGACUGAAGGCCGCUGGAGUCCAGUGAGCUCAUGGUCAUGUUCUAGAAACCAGUUGGAGACGAUCUGAUCUUUGUGACAUGUUGCAUGAUCCUGCAGUCAGGAAAUGGGUUAGGGUUAUGGAGCUGAACUUCAGACUCGUCACACUAGGAAAGGUUUUCCAGUCUCUUCUGGUGGUCCUGUGGGAAUUGUAGCCUCAGGUUCCUGUUCUUGGGUGACAGGAGACACCUGGUGUGAUCUUCUGCUACUGGAGUCCAUCUGGAGCAGCUGGUGAGCUUCUGCAGACCUGGGUAUGAACCAGAACUGCUGAAUCCAGACAGUGAGCGCGCUCCCUCGGGAGCACUCGCAAUUCUCCUGGACCUGUCCAGGUGAAUCGCAACAAAUAUGAACGUCUGCUGAUGUGGUCGGGUUGCAGGUUUACCGGUUUGGUUUCAAAAUCUUCCAACAAGUCCGGAGAUAAAAGCUGAUCAGAUCUAAAUAUUUUCAGUGUAAAAAUAAAGUUUGUUUUAUUCGGAACUCGUGUUUUUUAAUCUGAUGCUGGUAUUCCGGGAUGGAAGCUCCCUCCAGGAAACACUUGGUUUGUAAAAUAAAGGUACAAAUUAAAUCACCCAGUUUACAUAAAAACAGACUUUAUUACCAGACGUGUCAGAAAACGGGUGAAACUCAGUGCCUCUUGUGUUUUUUUUAUAUUAUAGUGACUUUAUUCCCUGUAGGUUCAUUUCUGCCAAGAGAGAAGUUUCUCUGCUGAUCGGCUAAAUCUUCAUGCCGUUAUCGUUUAUUCCCGUUUUCAGGCAGCUGGUAGAAGCUGAGCAGCAGGCAACAAACACAAGGAAAGCUUUAACCACCUUAAACUUCCUUCUAUGGUAACAAAGAGUGAACGGGUCUUUAAACUGUGGUCUUUGUUUGUUGCCUCCACGUUCCAGAUGGGUGUUUUUAAGGCAUCGACCAAUUCCAAAAACGUCACACGUAAAUUACAUAUUGCUGAAUAUUCUCGCUGCUGAAGGGAGCCACUUCAACGAUUGGAGAGAAAAAAAAGGCCGAAAGAUGAUUGGUGACGCGUUUCAUGCAGGAAAAAAUGAUUUGCUGUUAAGAAUCAAAAGAAACUGAUGGACAUGAAGUCAAAACAGAAUAAAAAGCACAAUAAAAGUAAA